AUGUCGCAUCCUGUCGUCAAGGUCCAAGCGUUUUAUGCCGAUUUCUCUCUGCCCAUCUUGCAAGGUAACUCCAGUAUCGUCAACGUCUUCAAACCCCAACAAUUUCUGGGCAACAAGCGGCUUUCGAGGAACUUCAGCCGGUGGCUGCUUGACUUUUGCCAGAGGGUGUUCCGGUGCCAACCGGACGAGAGUCAGCAGUUCCUGGACGUCGGUUGCGGGAUCGGAGACCUGACGCGAGACGAGCUGCUGCCCCGAUGCCUGCCGUGCCGCCGCAUCGUCGCCGUCGACUUGUCGACCGAGAUGGUGGAGCACGCCGCUCGACAUUCCCGUCACGAGAAGAUUGAGUACGGGAAGCUGGACAUCGUCAGUGAAGAGGACGUGGGCGGGUUCAUCGACGAGCACGGUCUGUUCGACCGGGUAUACUCUUUCAACACUCUCAGCUGGGUACGGGACCAAGCAGCGGCGCUGAAGAACGUGGCCAGGCUUCUGAAGCCUCGCGGCGAGUGUCUUUUGGUGUUCCCCGCAUCUUUAGAGCCUCUGGAUGUCAACCGAAACGUAGCUAAAUUGGAGCGCUGGAGCAAGUAUUCUCAUGUAAGUAUCGAUCGUCGCUGGCAUUUGAGUCCAGUGCAAUCUAUUCGCUUGGAGUGGCAGUGGAGCAACAUUCUCGCGGGAGCGCCAGAAAAUUUUUCCAUGACGCCUGGCGCGAUUCUUGCACCCACACUAACGGUGGAGGCUGCCUGCACAAAUUUCACACUAUUGGACAGCUGCACCAAAAUGAAGAAGGAAAAGGUGGUCGUGAAGCAGAUGGUCAGAGACCAUUUGGCUCGUCGGGAAGCAGUGCGGCCAUUAGACAGCGAUGUUCCCAACGCCAUAAGAGUGCCACAUCCGCCGACUCCUCUUCCUAUGCCGCCUAGGCCUGGUGGAGUCGAGUCUCAUUCUGGCAACAAGGUCAUGCCGGAGAACAUCAAUGUAAAAGCUUGGCCCACGCUAACAAAACUGAAGCCACAGCUAAAGCCACAGCCGAUGCCACAGCUGAAGCCGCAGCUGAUGCCACAAAUGUAA